AUGCCUUUUGAGCAAGACGGAGGUGCCUCGGCCAUUCCAACGUGGGAUGGUCACCCAAAGGGCUGGCGAAGGUAUGCGAGAGAGGUGGCCUGGUAUGUGCAGGGAACAAAACACAAUCAAAGACGCUACCUUGCAACCAGGUUAAUCAGCAGACUUACUGGCUCGGCACGUUUGUUGGCGAUGUCAUGGCACCAAGACGAGUUUGAUGGAGAUCAGGGUGUCUUGACCUACGUGAGAAAGCUGGCUUCUUCCCCGCUUGUCCGCCGCUCUUUGCCAAACGCGGCAGCCAUCAUGAACCAGUACUUUCAGUUCAAGAGAAAUCCAGGAGAGCCCAUCACGACGUUCUUGGUGCGUGAGACACUUGGCUUUGAGGAGUUCCAGGAAGCACUUCUUCGUCUUCGAGAUGAACGUCAGGGCCUGUCAGUAGAUAAGCAGUUGUUCGGCUUAGAAAGUCUUCUUCGCAAGGAAGGUGGUGAGGACAACUCUGAGGCACCUGGAGAUGAUGAAGGGACGGACUCCAAUGCCAGGGGAAAGCCAGAAGCAACACCCCCAGGCAGUCAGACUGGAAGUUCCCCACACCAUCGUCCGAGCGGAGCAGCAGAGUCGACGCAGAAGCAGCCUCAGGGAGACAGCCCGGUCCCCCAACCUGAGCCAACUCCAAGGUCACCUGCAGGUGCAGCGGCUGUGUUUGUCCAGGCAGAGGAGGACACGUAUGACUCGUUCAUUUUGGAUGUUCUUCGGGGCUGGCGUCUCUUGCAGGCGGCAUCCUUGAGCUUGGAUGAACGUCGUGAUGUUCUUUCUGCAACCAGAAACAGGUUGGACUUUGAGAGCAUCAGCAAUGCCUUGCAGGUGCUUUGGGACGAGCAGCUUUCAGGAGCACGAAGGAUGGCACCAACAAGCCCUCACCAUCACCAGUCCUAUGUCAUGGAGCAGCAAGGAUGGGACGAGGAUGCCAUGUUUCCUGGCUGGCACGAGACAAAAGAGGACGAUCCUUGGGCAGAUUGGCAUGGUUACCAUGUGGAAGAGCGAUGGCCUGAGGGAGAUGUGAUGGCGCAAGAAAAUAUGGAAGAGCUCACGGCCAGUGAGCUGGAAGACCCAGCUGUGCGAGAAGCGCUUCAGGCUGAGCGAGCUGCUGAGUUGAUGGCAAGCGAGGCAGCGAUGACAUGGAAGAGAGCUCAGAGAGCAACGUCAGAGCUUCGAAAAGAUCGUGGCUUUGGCAAAGGGAUGAGUGCAGCCGUUGUGUCUCCAGGAGGCAAGGGCAACACCGUGUGCUUCAAGUGCGGUCGUGCGGGCCACAUGGCUCGAGAUUGCACUGUGGUGCGAGGCAAAGGAAAGCAGUCCUUCUACAUCGGCGAGGACUGGGACUACGACUACUAUGACUACGACAACUUCGCCAUCCAGAAGGGCAAGGGAAAGAAGGGCACGUUCGGCAAGAGUCACUUCGGGCUAUCGAAAGGAUGGAAGGGCCGAGGAAAGACCCCGUUCCGAAGCUCUGUUCCUGGAGUGAAUGCCUAUGGCCUUGAGAUGUUGGGAGCAGCCGACCAAGGGCUGACUCUCGACUUCAAUGUUGCCACUCGUGGCGACGCCGUUUCUCCGAAUUGUGGGCUUGUGGACAGUGGAGCAACAGCAUCUGCUGGUCCGGAAGCCAGUGUACAGUGCCUCAUCAAUGCUGUUUUGGAGAGAGACCGCUCUGCCACCAUCAAGGUGGACCAGUCCCGUCGGCCAUAUUUUCGGUAUGGUUCUGGUUCCUGGGGAAGGGCGCAGUUCCAUGCGGAGAUUUCAUCGUCCUUGUCGGGUUCUACGAAGAGUUUUGGUGUGUAUGCCUUGCCGAACCCCCCGGAGUAUGUGGAGAAGUGGUUCAGAGAUGAUAUGGAUGAUCAUGACUUCAACGAUGGCUUCUUCAUUAAUGCAACCGACAAGGCAAACCUCAGUGAGCCGAAGAGUGAACAGUACCUGACACAAACCUCCAAAGGCCACUUCGCCAUCGACAUCGUGGACUACCUCACUGGAGGUAAGGCCUGCUCAGAGGGUCACUGUCACGUGGUUGCGCAAGUUCAUCCUCCUACCCCAAGCAUCGCACUUCCCGGAACAGACCAGGACCUCCCCUUGCAGUACAUGUAUCCUCUGGAAAUCAUGUCGGAAGAGCUGAUGGUUUCUGAUAAGAUACCCACCAUGAGUGCAGCCGAGAGACACACUUUGAUUGUGCAGCGGGGUCAGCGUUCACGCAGUGCCGAUGGACAACAGCACCUUGGCUCGAGGAUGCGUCUUGCCUCGCCACUACCUAACUCCGACAACAUCCCCUCCAAGAACAUCGUUGCUCAUGCCGCCCAAAGUCGAGAAGAAGCAAGCGCCCCCCUUGGACGAGAGCAGGACAAUCCCAGCAGAUCCAUUGACCUUUUUCCUUUCAACACCAACUCUUUCCUGAAUACAAAUUGCAUCUCCGCAUAG